AUGUCUUCUUUUCGACAAGAAGACUGUCAGUAUGAGACCAUAACCUUGUCAUCUUCAGGAUCUGUGACAUCUCUUACCACGAAUCCGACAAUCUCUCCGGAUGAGACUCUCUGUCCGCAACGGAUCAAGGCCGCCAUUGUCGGAAAAUUCCGAGAAACUGAGCCCAAGGAUGUGGCACUUGCGUAUUAUCGGACUAUGCAGCCUUGGUCCCCUAUCAUUGCAGAGUCAAGGCUAGGCGACCAACUUCCGGCCAAUUGGGAUAAUGCAACACUCGAUUUCACUUUACUGUGUUCAACCAUCAUGCUAGUUUGCACUGCUCCAGAAUCUAGCACCUGGAUGAAUAGCAAUGAUUCUCUACUGAAGGAUCUGUAUCUUUCUACCAAAAGCUGGAUCGCAUUACUCGAGGGCAUCGGAGUCAACUCAACGGAAGUUGUUCAGUCCAGACUAUUCCUUACAACAUUUGAAGUCACACACGGCUUAUAUCCUGCAGCUUACAUAUCAAUAAGUGGGGUGGUUAGAGCAGCAGAGAUUCUUAAGAGAGGUAGAGACUUAGAAACUCGCUCGAGUGAACCCUCUUCAGAGGAGGAACGGGUAGAACUUUGCAUGACGUGGGCAGCAAUUAAGGUUAUGGAUAGGUGA